AUGCUGCUCGCUGUCUUACUGUUGCCGUUGGUGAGCGCCGAUCUCAUUCCAAGGGAACUUUUAUUCUCUGAUCCAAAAUAUUCAUCGAUCUCAUUGAGUCCAAAUGGAAGAUUUUUCGCCUACAUUGCUCCUGAUGAGAACAACGUGAAAAAUUUGUUCGUGAAAUGUACCUCUUGUAAAAGUACGCGGCAAGUGACUUUUGAAGAAAGCAGUGAUGUGCUUGAAUACUCGUGGACUGGUGUCCAGGACGUGAUUCUCUACACUCAGGAUCGGAAUGGUGAUGAGAACACGAUGCUUUUCAAGAAGAACAUCUCAGAGGCUGAUCUCGCAUUGGAUCGAAAUAAACGUACCGUAAUUUCUAAUCGACCAGGAGUGCGAACGAUCGUUAUCGACAACAACCGUAAAGAUUCACGGAUUCUUGUAGGACUCAACGAUGAGAAUCCAGUGUACCACAACAUCUACAUUUUCGAUCUGUUGACCGACACAAUGACACCACAUUUGAAGAACAGUCGAUUCUUAGCGUUCGUAGUCGAUAACGAUUUGAAUGUUCGUUUGGCGGUUGAAGAACAACCUGACGGUUCAUGGAUGUACUACAGGCUCUCUGCCAACGCUCAGCCACCUUUUUCAUCGGAUCCAUCCGUAUGGGAGCAGUACAUACAUGUAAAACAGGAUGAUAUAGCUAUAACUUGGCCCGUUUCAUUCGAUAAAAGCAAUCAGUACAUGUACUGGCUGUGGGGUGAUGAUAACAUCGAUCUUGGAACCCUGGUUCUGUUCAAAUUUGAUGACCCUGAGCACAAAGAAGUUCUAUACACGGCGACUCGCGCACAGAUUGGAAGCAUUUUGAUUCAUCCUACAGAUAAGACGGUGUUGGCCGUUACAGAGGAGAAUUGGUCUUCAUGUGAAAUCAAUCAAUUCGAUCAUUUGAAUUUCAUUAGCAAUCAAACCAUUCGACUUGUUCAGAUCUAUCACAAACCAGAAUGGUUCGCUGUAAACAGCACCGUUGUGGAUGAUCUGCGAUAUCUUGUGAAUUUGCGACCACACGGAUCCUUAGAAAUUUUGUCGCUGAGUUUAGAUAUGACAAUGUGGUUAGUGACAUAUUUGUCAUCAGAUAAACCCGACGAAGUGUUCCUGUAUAGAAGCUGGCUGAAAACUGCAGAGUUCCUUUUCAAUGUUCUACCGGAACUGGAACAGUACAAACUUAAUAAGCAGGUUGGAUUCGACUUCAAAACUAGGGAUGAUAUGGUUCUUCAAGCUUAUAUCAGUUUGCCACCAGAGGCACCGCUUCGAUCACCGAAAGAUGUACCGAAAGCUGAUCACGGUUACGCCAAACUUGGAAUGUUGCCGGUUGAACCGCAGAAGAUGAUAGUUCUCGUUCAUGGUGGACCAAACUCCAGGGAUCAUUAUGGAUUUUCGCCUAGAAAUGCAUGGCUUACCAGUAGAGGCUACGCAGUGCUGCAGGUGAAUUUCCGAGGCAGUGAGGGAUUCGGGAAGCGCCUCACAAAUGCGGGUGACGGUGAAUGGGGCAGAAAAAUGCACUUUGACAUCCUUGAUUCCGUCGAAUUUGCGGUUACGAAGGGAAUAGCGAACAGGUCGGAAGUUGCGAUUAUGGGUGACAGCUAUGGUGGUUACGAGACCUUGGUGGCGCUCACGUUUACUCCGGACGAGUUUGCCUGUGGUGUGGACGUUGUUGGACCUUCUAACCUAGUCACACUGCUACAAGCACUACCACCACAUUGGAGAGGCUUCUACAAAUUUUUCGCCCGAAUGUUAGGAGCCGGCAUUGAUACGUGA